GUUAUGGACACACAGUGCCUUUAUCUGAAGGAGGAAAGGCCUUCUGCGUCAUCUACUCAGUCAUUGGGAUCCCGUUUACACUGCUUUUCCUGACAGCAGUGGUACAGCGUAUCAUUGUAUAUGUCACUAGACGGCCUGUUCUGUAUUUCCACAUUCGCUGGGGCUUCUCCAAGCAGGUUGUUGCAAUCAUCCACGCUAUAGUCCUUGGGUUCAUCACUGUCUCGUGCUUCUUCUUAAUCCCAGCAGCAAUAUUUUCUGUUCUGGAAGAUGACUGGAAUUUUUUGGAAUCUUUUUACUUCUGUUUCAUUUCCCUGAGCACCAUUGGCCUCGGCGACUAUGUACCAGGAGAAGGCUACAAUCAAAAAUUCCGAGAGCUGUAUAAAAUUGGAAUUACAUGUUAUUUGUUGCUGGGCCUUAUCGCAAUGUUGGUGGUUCUCGAGACUUUCUGUGAACUUCACGAGCUCAAAAAGUUUAGGAAGUUGUUUUAUGUGAAGAAGGACAAGGAAGAGGACCAAGUGCGUAUAAUGGAACAUGACCAGCUUUCCUUCUCUUCCAUCUCAGACCAGGCAGCCUCCAUGAAGGACGAUCAGAAGGCAAAUGAGCCUUUUGUGACUUCCCAGUCCCCAACUUCCAAUGACAGUUCUUUAAACAAUUAAUACAGGGGUAUCCAUACCGUUGUUUUGGUGCAUUUAUACUUCUUACCAUAAGAAAUAGAACGCCUCCUUUUUUUUUUUUUUCCCUGAAAAUAUAAAAGCUGGAAGACUGUGCUACUUUAACAAGGAUUCAUCACUUCUGACACAGAACAGACAGAAGUCUGGGAAAAAUGUGGGAGCCACCCUGGGAAUAGGGAAAAAAUGUAGGAUGUGGCUGGGAACAUUAGGCCAUUUUGCUUGGGGGAUAAGGAGUUACGUGUACCACUUUCAGAGGUGCCAGUGAGAAAGGCU